AAUAGGAAAUGUUUGCAAAUGUUACAAAUCUUUACAUAAAUUCUCAAAAGUCUGUUCAAGCAAAAUUUUAAUUCCACUGAAAAAUUAAUGUGUAACUCAACUGCGUGGAGAAACCGCGAUUAACGCUAAAUACAUCAUUAAUUACAAACAAACAAAAGAUACCCAAAGUCCUUGCUCUUUCGACGAUCCAGCGACCACAUACUGUGUGAGAGAUUCCGCGGAGUCAAGCUAUCACACGCCGAAGCGCAACCAAGCCACCGCGCAAGCAACAAAAUCAAUUGUCUCAAGUGGAAGGACAACAAAAACUCUUAGGACAAUUAAUCCGGAAAUUUACGCACUGCCAAGCAAGCGCAUCUAGAAACGCUUGUUCGCGUUUUUGGUGUACAAACCCACCCACUACCCCACCAACACAUAAGUCAAUUAACCACAUAACCAGCUAAUUAAUCAACUCAAACUCCCACGAAAAUCUCCAUUUCUCUUCAUAAUCCCCACCCGAAUCACUGCUUCCAACAUGGCGCACCUCAGCGCACUACUCACUCUCUUCCUACUCUCUGUCCUCCUCUCCUGCUGUCGUGCCAUACCCAACGAUGUGUACAUGAAAAUGUUGGCCGCCCAGGCGCCCACCGACCCCUGUUACGACGAUGACAAGGCGCGCAAGUGCAUACCCGAUUUUGUGAAUGCCGCAUUUGGCGCACCCGUGCAGGCCUCCAGCACUUGCGGACUCGAUCAGCCGCAACGCUACUGUGAAUUGAGCGGCAUAAGCUCGAAUGCCGAUCCACAGGCUAUGACUUGCCACAUCUGCGACUACUCGAAUGCCGCGCGUCGCUUUCCCGAAUCAGCGCUUACCGAUUUGAAUAAUUCGAAUAAUGUCACUUGCUGGCGUUCGGCACCCGUACCACCGGUGACUAGCAUGAAUGCGCCACCUGAUAAUGUUUCGCUCACACUAUCGCUGGGCAAGAAGUACGAAUUGACCUAUGUGAGCCUACAGCUGUGCCCCAAGUCCCUCAAGCCCGAUUCGAUUGCAAUUUACAAGAGUUCUGAUUAUGGCAAAACUUGGCAACCAUUUCAAUUCUACAGUUCGCAAUGUCGUCGCGUCUACGGUCGUCCGAAUCGUGCAACCAUCACGAAGCAUAACGAACAUGAGCCACGUUGCACCGACUCACAUCGGCAGGUGGGUGAUGUUACCGGACUGCAGGGAUCGCGUAUCGCUUUUAGCACACUCGAAGGACGUCCGUCUGCACGUGACUUGGAUUCGUCGCAAGUGUUGCAGGAAUGGGUUACCGCUACGGAUAUCAAAGUGGUCUUCCAUCGGCUGCAAAUGCCCGAACCGAAUGCGUUGAAUGUGCUGGAGACCAGUGGCGCUGAUGUGAAGCCGAAUGGCAAGUACAGCGAGGCAUCAUCCAAUUCGGUGUUGAUUCAACAGUACGGUUCCAAUGCGAUCGAUCAGGCAGCUGAAGCUGUGAUUAUACCUGCGGCGGUGACCAUCUCUAGCGCUGCAGCUCCACAUGCGGGCGCCGCUAGUUUAGGACAACAUUAUGCUGUGUCGGAUUUCCUUGUCGGUGGACGUUGCAAGUGCAAUGGACACGCUUCCAAGUGCUCACCCGAUCAUAACGGUAUGCUCGCGUGCGAAUGUAAGCACAAUACGAUGGGACGCGACUGUGAACGUUGCAAGCCGUUCCACUUCGAUCGGCCAUGGGGUCGAGCAACGGCACGUGACGCCAAUGAAUGCAAAA